AUCCAAGGCCCCUUUCAUCCCCAAACAUCCUUGAGCACCUACAGGCAGUACCGGCUGGGCCCGGGCACCAGGCUGAGUCACACGGGCCCGGCCCUCCCGGAGCUCCACGUCCCCGAUCCGGUCCUGCAUAAUCAAACAAAUAUAACAAAGUGCAGAUAACUGGGACAAUGGGGCUGUGUGCUCUGGGCCGUGGGAGCUCAGGGCCGCCACAAGCCGGGGCCGGGAAGCGGGCACCGCUGCCGAGGGUGGAGGGCGUCGGGGCGGGAUUCCGAGAAACUUGAGUGCUCCCGGAGGGUCACCUGGGGCCGGAGAGGUCCGAGGGGCACCGGAGGCCGCUGUACGCGGCAGCUGAGUGCUCAAGAAACGGAGGCGGGGCGGGGGUCCCCGGCUGCGGGAGCCUAGUCGGAUCAGGGCGUGGCUUGGAACUCGGCAACGGAUUGGACGCCAGGGAGCGGGCGGGGUGGCCGGGCGGGGGUGCCGACCCUGAGACCACCCGGAGCUGCGCCCUGGCUGCGCGAGGUCACUGCGAUGGUCAGCAUGGGCCAGUGCUACUACAAUGAGACCAUCGGCUUCUUCUACAACAACAGUGGCAAGGAGCUCAGCUCCCACUGGCGGCCCAAGGAUGUAGUUGUGGUGGCUCUGGGGCUCACUGUCAGCGUGCUGGUGCUGCUCACCAACCUGCUGGUGAUCGCGGCCAUCGCCUCCAACCGCCGCUUCCACCAACCCAUUUACUACCUCCUGGGCAACCUGGCUGCAGCCGACCUCUUUGCUGGUGUGGCCUACCUCUUCCUCAUGUUCCACACAGGCCCUCGCACCGCCCGGCUCUCGGUGGAGGGCUGGUUUGUGCGGCAGGGCCUGCUGGACACGAGCCUGACGGCGUCGGUGGCCACGCUGCUGGCCAUUGCCGUGGAGCGGCACCGCAGCGUGAUGGCCGUGCAGCUGCACAGCCGCCUGCCCCGUGGCCGCGUCGUCAUGCUCAUCGUGGGAGUGUGGGUAGCCGCGCUGGGCCUGGGGCUGCUGCCCGCCCACUUCUGGCACUGCCUCUGUGCCCUGGACCGCUGCUCACGCAUGGCCCCCCUGCUCAGCCGUUCCUACCUGGCCGUCUGGGCCCUGUCCAGCCUGCUUGUCUUCCUGCUCAUGGUGGCUGUCUACACUCGAAUUUUCUUCUAUGUGAGGCGGAGGGUGCAGCGCAUGGCGGAGCAUGUCAGCUGCCACCCUCGCUACCGAGAGACCACACUCAGCCUGGUCAAGACCGUUGUCAUCAUUCUGGGGGCGUUCGUGGUCUGCUGGACGCCGGGCCAGGUGGUGCUGCUCCUGGACGGUCUGGGCUGCAAGUCCUGCAACGUUCUGGCCGUGGAAAAGUAUUUCCUGCUCUUGGCUGAGGCCAACUCGCUGGUCAACGCCGUGGUGUACUCGUGCCGAGAUGUGGAGAUGCGCCGCACCUUCCGCCGCCUCCUCUGCUGUCUGUGCCUUCGCCGGUCCACCCACGAGUCUGCCCGCUACACGCCCUCCUCCCGAACGGGGGCCAGCACUCGCAUCAUGCUUCCCGAGAAUGGCCACCCCCUGAUGGACUCUACCCUUUAGCCAACUGGGACUUCACUGAGGCGCUGCAGAUGCCAGAUCAUGGCCCCUGACCCCUUGUGGAUGCACCUGGCUCUACCCAAUCUGCAGGACAGACUUACGGGCAGACCCUCCGUCUGCGGUGGCACCACUCCACCGCCUGCCUGCCCCGGGGCUUGGGGAGGUGGGGUCACCUCCAAAUGCCCAGGAGAGAGCCAGAUGGGGUUAAGGAAUCUGCUCAUCAAUCAUCUCAGGCUGUGGGGGGUUUUAACUGACAUUUUCUAUUUUUACUGCACAUCCCUGGUAAACCCCUUGGACUGCUUCCUUGUCUGUGGUGAUGUGGGUGGCAAGGAUGGGAGAGAUGAGGCCACUCUGCCCAGUGUGACAGGGUAACAUGGAUGCACCACUG